GCAAUGGAGAGUCUCGGAACUCCCUUCAAGGGAAUUAUUGGGGAUAUCAAGGGAAGAGCUGCUUGCUACAAGGAAGAUUGGACAAGUGCACUCUGUUCAGGCAUUCGGUUGUUGGCCCCUACUGCCUAUAUCUUCUUUGCUUCUGCUCUUCCUGUUAUUGCGUUCGGAGAGCAGCUCUACAGGAAUACAGAUGGAAGUUUAAGCACGGUGGAAACCUUGCUUUCUACUGCAAUUUGUGGAAUAAUCCACUCAAUCUUUGGUGGGCAGCCAUUAUUGAUAUUAGGAGUUGCAGAACCGACAGUCAUCAUGUACACUUACUUGUAUAGUUUUGCCAAAGGAAGACCAGAGUUGGGACAGCAGCUGUACUUAGCGUGGACAGGGUGGGUUUGUGUCUGGACAGCUUUCCUUCUUGUGCUUCUUGCAAUAUUUAACACGUGCACAAUCAUCACUCGGUUUACCAGGAUAGCAGGGGAACUGUUUGGCAUGUUGAUAGCUGUUCUCUUUAUGCAAGAGGCUGUUAAGGGACUGAUAAGUGAAUUCAGCAUUCCAAAAGCUGAAAAUCCAAAAGAAGAAAAGUAUCAGUUCCAGUGGCUAUAUACAAAUGGGCUGCUUGCCACUAUUUUCUCAUUUGGUCUACUCUUCACUGCCAAUAAGAGCAGAAAGGCAAGAUCAUGGCGAUAUGGCACAGGAUUCCUCCGAAGCUUUAUCGCAGAUUAUGGGGUUCCCUUCAUGGUUGUGGUGUGGACAGCAUUAUCUUACAGUGUACCCAGCAAAGUUCCUUCUGGGGUUCCCAGGAGGCUGUUUUGUCCUCUUCCUUGGGAAUCCGAGUCAUUGUACCAUUGGACAGUAGUCAAGGACAUGGGCAAGGUCCCAGUUCCAUAUAUUUUUGCUGCCUUUAUACCAGCCAUCAUGAUAGCAGGUCUAUACUUUUUCGACCAUGGUGUAGCUUCACAGAUGGCACAACAGAAGGAAUUCAAUCUAAAAAAUCCAUCUGCUUACCACUAUGAUAUGUUUUUGCUCGGACUAAUGACAUUGAUCUGUGGAUUACUUGGGCUGCCCCCUUCAAAUGGGGUCCUCCCGCAGUCCCCCAUGCACACAAAGAGUCUGGCGGUUCUCAAGCGGCAGUUGAUCCGAAAGAAGAUGGUGCAGAGCGCCAAGGAAUGCAUUAAACAACACAGAAGCAACUCAGAAAUCUAUGGACGAAUGCAGGCUGUUUUUGUAGAAAUGGACACAUCUCCAAGUGUAACUGAAGAAUUACAGGAUUUAAAGCAGGCUGUAAUGAAAAGUAAUGAUGAAGGGAGUGCGAAGGGAAAAUUCGAUCCUGAAAAACACAUCGAUGCAUACUUGCCUGUUCGGGUAAAUGAGCAAAGAAUGAGCAACCUUUUGCAGUCACUUUUUGUGGGUUUAUCAACAUGUGCGAUGCCUAUACUCAAAAUGAUUCCUACCUCGGUUCUUUGGGGAUACUUUGCCUACAUGGCAAUUGAUAGUCUCCCAGGGAAUCAGUUUUGGGAUAGGAUGCUGUUGCUCUUCAUCACGCCAGGCCGACGUUAUAAAGUCCUUGAAGGUGAUCAUGCUUCAUUUGUGGAGUCAGUGCCAUUCAAGGCCACGGCUGUGUUCACGCUCUUCCAAUUUUUCUAUUUUCUGGUUUGUUUUGGGGUGACUUGGAUACCAAUUGCUGGAAUAUUGUUUCCUCUGCCAUUUUUCUUGCUUAUCACCAUAAGGCAACACAUCCUCCCAAAGUUUUUCCAUGCUAACGACCUUCGGGAACUGGAUGCGGCUGAGUAUGAAGAAAUUGCCGGUGCUCCAAAAAGAAACCGAAGUCUCUCUAUCAAGGACAAAGAUACACCUGAUGCACGGAUUGAGGCAAGUGAAGAUGAAUUCUACGACGCUGAGAUACUGGACGAGAUGACCACCCACAGAGGCGAGCUGAAACUUAGGACUUUAAGCUUCAAUGAAGAUAGGAUGUAUCAGGUUCAUCCACAAGACGAGGUCCGAACAUCAGGAGGGUCAUGAUGACAAAGCAUUAGGAUUUAGUGAGUGCUCCUUCUAUAUUUAGGAAAAUUAUUAUAGUCCUCUCCCCGACCAAAAGACCAUAGGAAACAGGAUACUCUGGGUAGAAGUCUUAAAGAUGUUGCCUUUACUUAUAUAUCUGCGAGCCAAGAUAGGAAAAACAGAAACAUGUGUUCCUUAAGGGGAACAAAAAGGAAUAAGGAAGCUGCUGCUCUUGUUUUCUUUUUCCUACAUUAGGUAAAAUCAGUUAGAUUAACAGCCAUUCAUCAUCUGUUUUGAGUGUUUUGCUUCCAAAAUAAGAGAGAGGAGUGAGGUGGUGGAAAU